AUGCCGCUCCGGCGCCUCCUGGACCUCUCCGCCACCGUCUCCGACCUGCUCCGCCGCUCCCUCUCCACCGCCGCCGCCCCCUCGCACCCACCAUGGGCGAUCGUCGACUACACGUCCAUGGUCGACCGCUCCUCGUCGGCCCCGGGCGCGUGCUUCCACCCCGUCGCGCCCCCGGGCAUCUCCCACGUCACGGCCCCGGCGCACCUCGUCAACCCCAGGGCGCGCCCCGCCCCCGACACCAACGUCGUCCAGGUCCUCUUCGGCAACGUCGGCGCCGCCAGCGGCGACGGCCACCUCCUCCUCAGCUACCACGACCUCCGGGCGGAGGGCCCCUGCACCACCUGGGACCUGUCCGCGCCCCCCGAAAUCCAGCGCUUUGUCUGCAACCCCCUCACCGGCCAGAUGCUCCGCCUGCCGGACAUCGGCGGCUCCAGGAGGACCCUCGUCUUCCACCACAUGGGCCUACUCACCCAGGCCGACGGCUGGCUCGGGCGCGGGCCGCCCGACAGAUUCGCCGUCGCCGAGCUCGCCUUCCAUGUCGCCGGCGCCGGCCUCGAGCGGUUUCUCUCGGAGAAAGGGGAGUGGGAGACGGUGAUGGGCGUGCCGUGCGGACCGCCGCCCCCGCGCGGGAUGGAGGUGAACCAGGAGACGGUUGCCUUCGGCGGCCGCCUCUGGUGGGUCGACCUGACCUCGGGCGCCGUCUCCGUCGACCCCUUCGCCGACCGGCCGGAGAUCCGCUUCGUCGAGCUGCCCAGCGGCAGCGUGCUGCCUGCGCGUGCUCGUAGUACAGAAGAGGAUGGAGAUCUCAGGAAGGUCGAGGACCGGUGGCUCUUCUUGCGGGAGGUGGCCAAGCACCGGCGCAUCGGCGUGAGCAAGGGGCGGCUGCGCUACGCCGAGGUCUCUCCUCACGACCCGUUCCUGCUCAGCUCCUUUGCGCUCGACGGCGACGAGGGCAGUGGCUGGACGCUGGAGCACCAGGUGGAGCUCAGGCAGGUCUUGGCGGACGGAGGCUACCCGUGGCAGGACAACUCGGCGCAGGCGGCGCCGCAGAUCGUCGUUCUUGACCCGCUCAACGCCAACGCCGUCUACCUCAAGGUCGGCGAGCACGUCGUCGUCGUGGACAUGCACAACGGCAAGGUGACAGGGGCCUCUCCGCUUCAGGACGAGUACUCUCUUGUGCCGUGCGUGCUCCCGCCGUGGCUUGCAUCCAGCACCAUCCCUACGGCAGGCAGGAAGGAUGACAUGGAAUCGACAGAUGAUCCGGUUAAUUAG